AUGUCUUCCUCCCCAGACCUCUCCCGCGUCCUCCCCCGCGUGCUCAUCGUCUCGCGCCGCACUGUCCGCAAGAACAAGUUCGUCGACUUCGUCGGUGAGUACCACCUGGACCUCAUCGUGGGCUACGGCGCGGUGCCGGUGAUCGUGCCGCGCGUGGCGGGGGUGCACGCGCUGCUCGACUCGUUCGAGCCCAUCCACGGCGUGCUCCUCUGCGAGGGCGAGGACAUCGACCCGUCCCUCUACGACUCCUCCGCCGCCGACGGCGCGCUCUCGCUGGAGCAGCUGGAGGCCGUGCGGCGCCUGCACCCGAGCGACGCGGCCAUCGACCACGAGAAGGACUCGAUCGAGCUCCGCCUCGCGCGCCGCUGCCUCGAGCGCAACAUCCCCUACCUGGGCAUCUGCCGCGGCUCGCAGGUGCUCAACGUCGCCUGCGGCGGCUCGCUGUACCAGGACGUGGAGCACGAGCUUGCGGUCGGGCCCGCCGGCGCCGCCGUCCAGCACAUCAACUACGGCGACUACGACGGGCACCGCCACCCGGUGCGCGUGCUGCCGGGCACGCCGCUGCACGAGUGGUUCGCGGGCGACCUCCUCGCCGGCGGCGACGACAGCGCGCAGCAGCAGCUGAUGGUGAACAGCUACCACCACCAGGGCGUGCGGCGCCUGGCGCAGCGGUUCGCGCCCAUGGCGUUCGCGCCCGACGGGCUCGUCGAGGCGUUCUACGACCCGGACACGUACAGCCCCGGCGAGGGCAGGUUCAUCAUGGGCCUCCAGUUCCACCCGGAGCGCAUGCGCAAGCCCGGCGGCUCCGGCGACGAGUUCGACUACCCCGGCUGCGCCAGGGCGUACCAGGAGUUCGUCCGCGCCGUGGUCGCGUACCAGGAGAAGACGGCGGCGGGUCCGCACUUGCCCCGUGGCGCCCCCGUCCCCGCGCUGCCGAAGCUGAGCAAGGAGAUGGAGAGGCGGCGCAAGGUCAUCUCCCGCAGCUUCUCGCUCGCCAAGGACAUGUACCUCUCCGGCGGCCGCACCAACCCGGCGGAGCAGCGCGACCUCGAAGCCGGCGCCGAGUUCCUCGAGUCGAACACGGCGUCGCUGAGCGUGCAGCAGGAGAAGCGGCUGAAGCAGAUGGGCGCCACGGUGCGGAACGCGUCGGGGUACCUCAACAGCCUCAAGGUGAGCGGCGUGCGCGAGGCGGCGGCGCGGGCGCUCAUGGCGGAGAUGACCGUCAACCAGCUCUCCGACCUCGCCGCCUUCUACGGGACCAUGGGCAAGAUCUGCUCCGAGGUGCUCGACACCAAGCUGCAGGCUUUGCAUGUCAACGUGAAUCUGCACGAAUGA